AUGUCAGAGCCUGAAACAAAUAAUGAAGAAUCCAUCAAUUUUUUUGAUGGCAUUGGCGAUGAUGAUGAAGAGUCUGAUGAUGUGAAAUCCAUAUCUUCUAAUGUUGGCAUUGAUACUAUAAAGAUUGAUGCUUUGGUCCAAGCUACUGAGACACAAAUACGAUUUCCAUCAUCUUAUCCUUCAUCCACUUCUUCUUCCAAUGUUUCAAAGCAAGAACAUCCUUUACCUCAAGUUCGCAGUUCUCUUUUUACAGUCAAUCUAAGUUCAAUCUACCAUAUCUUCACAUCAUCCUAA